UCUCCGUCUAGUGUGCGUGACAAGCGUGCAGGUUUCCGUUUGGUCGACACACGCUUUAUUUCUCUUUCUCUUUCUGUGUUAACUCAGAUAUCAUUUAAAAUGUCUGCGUUUAUCUGUUUACCUUUACUUUUCCUCUGCUGAGUUCAGGGUCCAGGUGCUGCAGAGGACUUUGCUCUGGAAAUUAAGUUAACAGCAGUUUACAACUUGCACUAAACUAUAUUCAACUAGUGGACAACAAGUGGAUUUAAGCAUCAUUGUGUGAUCUGAAGAGGAAACACCUGUUGCACCUGCCUACCUGCUAACCGCUGCUCUAUAGCUGAGCUACCUGUGUGAACUGAAUGCAGAUAUAACAAGACAAUAACAAGAGUUGGAACAGCUCAGACAGGAAGGUGAUUCUUUUCUGGAUUAAAGAUGGAGUUGACGUUGGAGCAAAGAGCAAAGAGUCUGGCUCUGCUUCUACUAGUUGCGGUGUGUGUGCAGGCUGACUUUGUGGAGCCUCCUCAGCGCGACACCCCCCUGCGCUCCUUUGCAGAGAGCGAGACCAGGCUGCCCUGCCACUAUCAGGUGGAGGAGGGGGAGACGGUGGUGCAGAUCACCUGGUACAAGGAGCUCUCAGACGGUAUCAAGGACCAGAUCAUCACUGCCCACGUCACGGACGGACACACAGAGUUCGGGCGUUACGCCGGCCGAGUGAGGUUUGAGAGCGGCACCCCCACCGCGAACUCGGCUCUGCUCAUCCCCAGCACAGAGGAGUCGGACGAGGGCAGCUACACCUGCCAAGUCUCCACCUUCCCCAACGGGAACUUUGAGAGGCACUUCACGCUCACUGUCUGGGUUCUACCCAUCUCCUCUCUGGACCCCGUGAUCCUGGUGGAGGGCCAGUCGUUCCGCUUGGCCGCCUCCUGUCGAGCAGUGGGCCACCCGCCUCCCCGUCUCUCCUGGGAGACCGACCUGCCAGGCCAGUCCCAAAACCGCAACAAAGAGGGCGGGUCCGUAUCUAGCUACUACUCCCUGCACCCGCUGCGCAGCAUGAACGGGAAAAAGUUGGAUUGUCUGGUGUGGCACCCCGGCCUGGAUCAGCCGCGCAGGAUCUCAAACCGCCUGGUGGUUCAGUACCCCCCAGAUGCCACCAUCUCCGCUGGUACAGGGGACUUUUUUGUGGGUUUGGAGAAAGCUGAGCUGGUCUGCAGCAGCGGAGGAUACCCCAAACCUCAGAACAUCACCUGGACAUGGAAUGGAGGAGCUUUGCCAGGUGAGGCGUCUGUGGUUGGAGGAAAUCUUGUUUUUGGGCGGGCCCUUCGCAGGAAUGACACCGGGGUCUAUGAGUGUGUGGUCAAGAACGACGUGGGAGUAGGAAAAGCGGACUAUACGUUGACAGUGGCAGAGACAGCUCAACGAACGGGCGACACCCCCAUCGACAGUGUGCUGCUGAUAAUUAUUGGUGCUGCAGCCGGAGCUUUGGUCCUGGUCCUGGUCCUGGUCGUCCUGCUGGUCAACCGCUACCAUCGACACAAAAACAAAAAGCUUGAGAAGGAGCUCAGCGAAAAAACGGAGGAAAUUCAGAGCUUCUCCAGACAAAAUUCCCUCAGGAGACUGAACUCUGUCAGCACUGACCCCAGGGUGCAGGCUGAAGAUUACGCUCUGCUCAGAGUAGACAGCCGAAUGAAAAACAGCCAAAUUUCUCUGGAACGACCCAUCUACAGAGGCAGCGAGUCCACUCUGGGCGGGAAGUGGGGUCCUCCAGGAGGGGUGGAGGUGGAGGUGGACGAACUGGGACGUCCCGUCGUCUGGCACGACGGCAGGGAGAGCCUGAGAGGAGCGGAGAUGGACGGAGAGAAGGAGGAGCGCCGGAGGAGGGUGGAGUCAUACCUGAAGAACAGCAACAUGUCACUGGACUCAGGUCUGCCCUCUUCCCUGGUUCCCCUGAAGGCCCAGCAGGACGAAGGCGUCGGGCCCAGAGAGACAGACCCGGGCCACCUCAGAGUUGGAGACACCCCACAAGGAGAGGACUGGGCUCCCACCCAGACGGUGGCGGAGGAACACGAGGAUGACGAGGACAGCGGCUCCUACCAGCUCUCGGAGACACUAAAGACUCACUUCUACUACAGUAAUGGGACCCUCAGACCCAGACCACACUCCAACGCCAUCCUACUGCACCCCAGACCACAGAUCAUCUAGACCCAAACGUGAGAGGAGGGAAAGCACUGCCUGCAUUCCUGCAUUGACCUUAAUCUUUUUUAAAUGGGAAUUUUGUUUUUACUCAUUGACUGCAGUGGGUCAUUAGACCCAAGAACAAUCCAAACUUUUAUUUUUUGACUCUGGCUUGUGAGUUUUUGAUCCUUUAUUCUAACCCUAUGAUAAGUGGGAAGUUUUUUAAUAAUUUUUUGGGGCAUUUUAUGCCUUUAUUAGACAGACUGCGGAGAGACUGUGGAGAGACGACAUAAAAUAAGUUGAGGGAGCCAGACACAAACCAGAGGCGUUGUGGUUCAUGGCCACCAGGGUGCCCCGUUAUUGGGAAGUUUUUGAUCCGACGGUGCCUUUCACAAACCAGGACGCCAUGAACGUGCAAGGAGUAAAUGUUCCUGUUAAAUAAUGUUUACUAAUGUUUAAAUCUUGCAUCCACUGCUUUGGUGUCUCUACAUAUUGUAUAUAUGUAUAUAUUUAUAUUCACAAAGGGAAAGACCCAAAGAAUCCUGACUGUCAACUUCAGGUACCUUGUUUACAUCAGAAACAUUCAGGGAGGGACAUAUGGACAAGGACACAAUUUUCUAAGCUCCAAUGCCUGGCCAAGUUGACAGUAAACUGUACUCUAAGCUUCGAUAUUUUCAGCUUGGAUGCACCUCUGGAUAAGAAGUUAGUGUGUGCAUUUGUGUAUGUGUAUAUAUAUAUAUAUAUAUAUAUAUAUAUAUAUAUAUAUACAGUAUAUAUAUAUAUAUAGGCAGAGCUAUAAGGAGAUAUUGUAUGUUUAUGGUCUUGUCAUAAACAGUCACCUGCAACUACAAAAUGGUCAAAAAGGCUGAGGACCCGAAACAGGGACAAAGCAGCUCUAAAAAUUAAGGAUGUCCCUGUUGUCCCGGGGACAACAAAAUAGCAUCUGGGACACAAAGAUACAGUGUCUGGGACAGGAGAGACACUUAUCAUUACGAAUUAUUUUAUGUGUCAUAGUUGUUUUUAGAGAGCGAAGCAAUGCUCAUAUUGAAACAGACUUUACAAACUGCUUCACAGUUUAGAAUAAAAUGGAAAGAUUAUAAUUUUCUGUGAGAUAUGUUCAAAGUGUAUGUAAAUUUCCAUCACUGUAUACCAGUAAGAAACAGGCUUCCAUUUCUGCACUCUAGGGCCGUCCUCGACCAAAGAAAUUCUUGGUCGACACUCACUUAAUCAACAGAUAUGUAAAACCGAGUUUCUCCACAAAGAAUCACACAAAAGCACAAAUUUGAAUCUUGUGUUUACCAGAGAUGUGCUCAUACGUUUCUUGGAAAUAAGUCAUUCUCAUUCAGCAUGAAAAAAAGCAUAGAAAAUGUCUAAUUGACUAAAAAAAAUCUUAGUUGACUGAGACCAAAACGACCGAUUAUUUGACCAAUCGACUAAGAGGGGGCAGCCACAGUGCACUACAGUUUACAGUGAUGCAUUUAUUGAUCAUACAGUUAGAAAUAAACAAGAAACAUUUAAUCAACCAAUGACUAAAAGAAUAAGGAAAACUGAUUUUGGCCAAACACCUGAGGUGAUCUUAGUUUUUUUAUUCAGAUAUUAAGUGCAGGGAAGAACUAGCAGAACUUCCAUUGCGGACCAGAGUGAGCCAGUGAAGUAACUUGCAUAGUCUGGCUAACUCUGGCAUAUUUUCAGAAAUGUUAUUAAUAUGCAUUGUCCCUGUCAAAUAAAGUAAUAAACUAAAAACUAUAAAUAGUUUAUAAUAAAACUAUAUUUAUUGUGUAGAAUGAAAAAAAAGAAUUUGGGACACUGGUUGUUAAGUGUGGGACAGUUGCGGGACACUGAUGUAUAAAGUUAUUUUUCGAGCCCUGGGACAGAGAUACGCGGCAAACUGGUUUCCAUGACCAGGUUUAAACCGUACCAGUGCACAGCAGUGAACAGACGGGACAAAGCAUGCAGAAGAUGAAGCGUAAAGCAUCAUUCAGUUGUGUGUAUGUCGUUGUGUAAAUUGUUUUAUAUUCAUUCAGUGUUUUUCUAUGAAACUGAAAAACUGACAUGUAAAUAUUGAAAUGUUUUAUUCAUAAAAGUACAGCAUACGA